AUGACUUGGGGAUCUCUUGUCGGCUUCCCCCUUGCUGGGCCUGACGCUUGGGUCGUCACUCCAUUGCAUUGCGCAUAUAAAGCCUCGCGCCAUUCCGCUGUUCGCAACGUCGCUGACUCAAAGUUCAGGAUUUCCUUUUUCAUUCUCAUUUCAAGUCUACCGGCGUCAAUCUUCCGUCACUCGCUGUCGGCUCCUCUCCCUUGUGUCUUGCUAUUAUUAAGAGAAGGCGUUCUUCUCGGCCACUACUUCAACACUCCGUUCUCGCCAGAACACUCGUUGGGUUGCAUCACACGACACGAAUCCGGCCUCGGCUACAUUUUCACUGCCCUCAGAGAUCUUCUCAUCUUCAACUCGCCCAGCAUGCCUGCCAAGAAGCUCCGUUGCAACGCCAAGGAGUGCCGCGAGGCUGCCCAGCGCAUCGUUGGAGACUGCACAUUCUGCAAUGGCCACUUCUGCGGCAAGCACCGUCUGUUAGAAGACCACAAGUGCAGCGGCCUGGAAGACUGCAAGAAGCAGUCCCAUGCGCGCAAUGCUGCCCAGCUGGAAGCCGAGAGGACACAGGUCAUCCGAGGCGUCUAA